CCAAAGUCCGCUGGGCAUCGGCGGUUUCGGCAGAAGCCAACCAACCGCCUGCAGAGCUUGUCCAUCGAAAAGCGCUCGCGACGAACGACGACUAGCUCAGCACAACCAUUCCAAACCUCCUGUCUCCCUCACAAGACCACAUAUACCCACCGUCAAGAUGUCUUGGUUUGGCGUUUACCCCCUCAAGAAAUUCCCCACCCCUGUCCUCAAGCCGAUGGCACCUUUUUUCAUUGCCGGAGCCAUCAUUGCCCUCGGAGUCAACUCGGCACAGAACUCCAUGAUGAAGUCCGACGAGUGGAAGAACGACCCGCGCAACCCUAACGCCAAGUCCGGCGGUCACUAAACGCGAAAUCGAGAUGGCACGAUUAAGGAGUGGAACGUCGAUAUGCAUUAUAGACAAUCAGCCCGAGCACCGGCCAGCAACUGGGCAAGGAGGGAAUGUAUUAUAGAUGUGCAGCCGGCGAACUGAUAGUCGCACUCAAUAUCCAGUUCCUGCGCUCUUCACCACCUGCUCAUUCCGUUGUCUUCCAUGGAAAAACCAGGAGGUAGCUUGCUUAAAGGCAGGAGCCAUGUCCAAAAUGGUAAACUAUUGUUGAAUAGUCCGCGGCUACGUGCUUGUACUUUUGAAGAAAUCGUCACGGAUAUCCUCGCUGUUUCGUGAGGGUCAGCCAUAAAUGGAAACAUAAUCUGCUCCCUGAGAUGCUACGAAAGCAAAAUCUUACAUGAAUAACGCG